ACUAUCUUCUGCAAGACGAGGAGUAGCUAGAACCCACGAAAAAAAAGGAGCGUAGACCCAAAUAGAAGAGUCUUCACAUCACAAGAAAUGAUCAUGAUCAUGAUCAUGUUUAUUCAAGAGACCCAUACCUCCCGCGCCUAACAAGAUGAUGCAAAAAAAACCGCCCUCUUUCUCCGCACCCAAACCGACUGUUCAUACACUUCGGAAUGUGCAGGAUCUCGGACAGCCAUUCGAGGCUGUAGAUCCAUUCGUUUUUGCGACGUUCCAUGAACUGGACGCGGUUCCAGAGAAUGCGGAUGCGAUAGGCCGGCUCCCCUUUUGCGGAGUCGUUUGUUGUCCUGUUUCUGAUGGCGAGGAUGACGAGAGCAGUUCGUUUCCAUCUGAGGAUGAAGACGGAGGACUCGGACAGCUUGAACUUGAUUUGGAGCCCAUAGCUGAUAAAUCGACGGCGCGAUCUAAAGUCCUGGAAAAAGAGCUUGAGAGGCAAUCUCGUGCUCCUGCUUCUGCUGGUGCGAACAAAGGAACAAGUGGCGAGACCGUGUCUAAGCAAGGCAGUGCUACUAGAACUAGUGGUGGUCCAAAGGCGAAAAGUAGUGCGACGCCCGUCAAUCGAAAGCAAUCUGGUACUACCAGAACAUCUGAGCCAAUGUUGAUCAAACGGAAACGAAAGAAGGAGCACGCACCUACUUCUGGAACAAAUAGAGGCAGAGGGACAUCAACUAGUACAACUAGUCCAGCCUCAAGAACCACCAAACCUCCACUGAAGCCCCUGCUAAUGCCAGGCUUUCCUUUAUUAAGGCUUCCGCUAAUUGUCCACCCUUAUGUGGAUCAUACAUGCCUCAAACAUAUAGAUACAAGGGUACGAAAACCACACGCAUACUCAUGGCCACUCACGCUCGCUAGCUUAGCCACAGCCAGCUUGCUACCUUAGCCACAAGACAGCGACAGCGAGCCCGCUUGUUUUGCCAUGAGGGGCGUCCACGAUAGUCCGUUCUCCUGAACCAGCCGCGCGUCGCUAGCUUGGUGACUUAGGGGCUUGCGUCGUAGUCUUAUCCGUCUAGUUUGUAACCUAUGCCCAGUGCGGCGGGCCCUUGACGGGUCCGCUUUCACGCGCAUACUCAUUGCACGGGGGUGGAUAUCGGGUAGCUCUAACUUUACAUCCUCACUACGGGGUAGACAUCGUCACAAUGGUGUUACAAGGUCACAUUGACCACGCAGACAGCCUAGGGAACCAAGCCCGCAUCGGCCAAGGCGACGUUCAAUGGCUCUCUUGUGGAUGGGGAGAUGAAAUUAUGGCACAGUAGUUUGAAAGUCAACCACCUCCAUUUCAGCGCUUGGCAUUGUCCUGCUACACGUGCAGCCUUCAACCGUACAAAAAAACGCCACUUAGACGUACGAAAAGCGCACGAAAAGCGUAGUAGGAACUUUUUAUACUUAAUACAUGGUAUCUGCAUCAUCCUCUUCUAAUAGAGGACAUCAUCAACAAAGUUCGUAUCUUCAUUCAUCCAAAGGGAAAAACCUCUGGCGUUUUUCAGUCCCUGAUGUUCCCCGAAGUGCGAAAAAAGUUGCAGCGUUCGCAUAAAGCCAAUGCAUUGAGAGUAUUGCAAAUCUGGUUCCGUUUGCCUGCAGCAGCUUUUGGAGUUGGGGUACAACUACUUGUGUUGACCUAGAAGUAGCAUUUCUGAUGCCACAAAACAAGAUCCUCAUUUAGAAUAAACCUUGUCCACGUCCACGGCACCACAGCACCGCGCCGCUUCGUACGCUCUGCAUUGGGCCGAAGAUGUGCCGACAUUGGAUCGCAACAGUACACGUGUAAGAGUUCUUGCCGGCAGGUGGGACCGCAAAACUGGAGACGCAAUGGCCAGAGACUUUCUGCGGAGUAGUGGAGGCUCGCAGCAAGAUGCGAUGGAUGAGGAAAUAGACCAAGAUCAUUACGGGAUGAAAAAAUCAAGUGUUUGUUCUAUAGACAAGAUUGAGAUUUCAUCAUUUGACAGGCUGUUCUUGUUGUUGUUUUCUAAUAGAUGGAUUUAUAAGGACUCGAAGGAACGCAAAAGGAAGUGGAUCCACUAUAGAUUGCGCUAGAAGAGGCCAUAGCCAACUCAUGACAUGAUAGAAAAUGUGCCCUCUUCUAACAUUUCCACGCUCCCUCACUAGUACCAUCAAGCAUUCCUCUAACAUCCCCACGCUCCCUCACUAGUACCAUCAAGCAUUCCUCUAACAUCCCCACGCUCCUUCACUAGUACCAUCAAGCAUUCCUCUAACAUCCCCACGCUCCUUCACUAGUACCAUCAAGCAAUUUGGAGAACAAUCGUGCCAAUCGAAAGCCUUUCCCCACUGGGUUAACGUCCGCCGCAGCUAA